AAGAAAUUUGCCCUUCAAAAAAAGAAAAAUGAAAAAGACGGGAGGUCAUGUUUCAAUACCUUAUCGAUACGGCGGUAAAUAACCAGGACGGUAUUGUACAGCAGUUUGCCUGGUUACUCCGCACUUUUAUGGUUAAAAAGUAAAACAUCACGCUAACCCUGAACCGGCUUGGUGCUUGGACCUCGGCUUUUUCCCAAAACCUUCAUAUGGAGUGAUGUUCUCUCCAACAUCCCCUCGUUUCCCUUCUUCUUUAUAUCUUUCUGCAUUUUGUGCCCUUGGGCGGUGCCAUUGACCCAGUAUGGUUCGUCUGUUGGCAACGUUUCUUCGGUCCUCUCGGACUGCUGUGCCCUCAGCUCGCCCGCUCUAUUCUCGAGGUUACUCUGCUGCGAGCAGCGGCGCCGAAGAUGCUGCCUCCCGCGGAUCGAACUCGAAAAGAGUUCCUGAAGGGGAUCCUAUCCGAAGUUUAGUAGAGCCUCCAGAGCCUCAGACUCGCAAUAGCCAGCCCUCACCCCCCUCAAUUGGGCGCCAAGGCAUCCGAAUCCACACCGCGAAGGGGAAUAUCUCGGCCAUGCACUAUCUGCUGCGUGACGGCUGCAAAUGCCCCCAGUGCGUAGACCAACACUCGAAGCAGCGCAAUUUCCGCAUGUCGGACAUCCCAGCGGACAUCAAGCCGCGCUCCGCCGACUGGGACGGAAGCGUCCUGAAAGUGAAAUGGGAGAACGACAUCCCCGGGUUCGACGAGUCGCACACCUCCACAUACACGCUCAACCAGCUCCGAAACCCCAGCGCAAACUACUCCUACCACAGCACCGGCCGCAAGAGAAAGCGUCUGCUGUGGCACAACUGGUUCAAGCACCGCUUCGUCUCCUACGAGGAGUACAUGCACGACGACAAAGCCUUCUCCAGCGCCAUGCGCGGCCUCGCCCAGACCGGCCUCCUCUUCGUCAAGGACGUCCCGGACUCCCGCGCUGAGGUCGAGAAGAUCGCAACCCGCAUGGGGCCCCUCCGGAACACCUUCUACGGCGCCACGUGGGACGUCCGCACCGUCCCCGAGGCCAAGAACGUCGCCUACACGAACCAGUUCCUGGGCUUCCACAUGGACCUGAUGUACAUGAACGAGCCGCCGGGAUUCCAGCUCCUGCACUGUCUCCAGAACUCGUGCGAUGGCGGCGAGUCGCUGUUCGCGGACUCGUUCGCCGUCGCCAGACAGCUUAGCCUUGAUGACCCGGAGGCGUUCAAGGCCUUGUGCCACUUCCGGCUUUCGUACGAGUAUAACCAUCAGAAUGAUGUGUAUUCCAACGAUUGGCCCGUGUUCCAGACGUUUGUGGACGAGUACACGCAGCAGACGAGGCUGAUGCACGCCAACUACUCCCCGCCCUUCCAGGCCCCGAUGCACGGCCAGCGCCGUCCGUUCAACCGCACCGUAACCGAGAUGCGGGCCCUGGAUAAAUUCGCCAAGAUGCUGGAGGACGAGCGGUAUAUCUACGAGCUGAAGCUGAACCCGGGCGAGUGUGUGAUCUUCGAGAAUCGCCGCGUCCUGCACGCCCGGAAGCAGUUCAAUACCGCGACUGGCCAGCGCUGGCUCGCUGGUGCCUAUGUCGAUGAGGACGCCGUCUUGUCCAAGUUCGCAACCUCGGCACGUAAAUACCCGCAGCUGUGGCGUGACAGCCCCAGCAAACCAUAUCGGAAACGGGCUGAGGGAGAGAGUCACGAUGGGCUUUCCAACGAGGAAUUGACUAUGUAAAGAUGACGAAGAACGUGACGUGUUAAUCCAUUGGCUACUGUGUUUUCUACAAAAGGCUCGAAUACACAAGCAUAGAGGUAUACAGCGGUUUCAACGCAUGUCAGAGGAGCUUAGAUUAGCUCCUGUACAUAAGCAUAGCGUGAUAUUUAUUCAUUUGUUUUUUUUUUCCGGGUCUCUGUUAUUAAAUGAAUGAACCAAAAGAACGAAACAUGCAAGAAGAUAUAGUGCUGGAACACUGAACAUAGAAAACGUAAUGGCAUCGCUGUCCUAUAAUCUAACAAAUCGAGUUUGCAAGGAGGUAGAAAACAAGACAUAAAGAAAACUCUUUCCCGUAUUCUAUACGCUCAAGCGGCAGCAGGAGCCU